UUUUGUAGAUAAUCGGAAAAAUGCCAAGAAAACGUAAAUUAUCAAAUGUAAAAGAAAGGUGUCGUAUUUGUCUCGUUGAACAUGGUUGCAUGAGUAAUUUAUUCGAUGAAUUUGUGCAAUCAAAAGUAAAUGACCUAAGUAAAUGCACCUCUAUCAAUAUUAAGAACGAAUAUAAUCUGCCAGAUAUUAUUUGCCAUACAUGUCUUUAUAAACUGGAUAUGUGGAAUGAAUUCAAAGAACAAUUCAUAAGAACAAAUCAGCUGCUGUUGAGUCAAUUAGAACUUGUAGAAACUUCAGAUAAUCAGGACUCAGAACCUAAAAAAGUAUGCGGUGAUUUACAACAAAGUGGAGAAGAUAGUCUUUCAGAUGCAUCAGAUAAGAAGAAAUUAAAAUCGGAGAUACCACCAUUGAUUCCUUUGCAAUUUACAAAUAAAGAUUGCGUGAAUGACCAAAUAAUGCUUAAUGAUAUGUACAUAUCUGAAGAUGAUGUUACAUCCUCGAAAGAUUCUUCACAGAGAGCUCAUGACGAUAAAUAUAAAAACGAUGAAAAAUACGAAAAUAAAGAUAACACAGAAAUAAAAUCAUCACAGGCUUUAACCAAAGUUAAGUGCUUAAUAGGAAGGCGUAGUAGAACAACUGAACAGAGGAAAGCAUCAACUAAAAGAUGGGUUGAAAGAAAAAAGGCUCUUUUGGCAGCAACAGGAGAAAGUGUUUCAGAUACAGAUUCUUUGACUUCAGAUGAUACACAAUUGUCACCAGUGCAAAAAGCAAGAGCAAGAACAAAUUUGGACAAAGAAACAGAAAAGCAAAUAAGAUUGACAAAGACAUUAAAAAAUUUAGAAAUUGAUAUGUUAGAUAAAUAUAAUAUGAGAAACAGUAAAGAUGAUUUCAUGAGUGUAGAUACUGAUUCUGAUACCCGUAGAACAAGAUCUUUUAAAGACAUAAAUUCUGAUAUUUCAUUAACUGAGAGUAAAAACACUUUCAGAAAAGAUGAAGUAAAGAACGAGAAAUUUUCUGUAGAUUUGAAGGGAAAAGAGAACUCUCCUAUAUUACUGCUAGAAAAUAGUAGAGUAAAAUCGCCAAGAACAGAAGAAAUAGAAAUCACUGAAAAUACAUUUGCACCAUGUUCAGUAAAAUCACAAUUAGAAAUUGGAGACGCUACAUACAUUGUAACCUCCACAUUAAUGCUUGCAGAACCCCUUUAUGUGAAUAAAACAAAUAUGAAUAAUCUUCCAAAAGAAAAUAAAAGUGGUAGUACUGAGCAAAAUCUGCAAGAGAAAAAUACUGAUAUUAUUGAUGCUGUACAGCUUCGUAGAAUAAAUCCAGUUCCGGCAGGUUCCAAUGAUAAAAAAUACGUCGAAAGGUGUUUGAACAUUGAUGUAGAAGGAACAGAGAUGGAAGCUUUAAAAUGCAUACAAAUUGAGUUAGCGAACUUUGUUGAGAAGGAAAUGAAGCAUAGGUUGUUUGGAGAGAAUAACAAUGGUACAAAGAACAAGAAGUUACCAAAUGUUUGUACAAGUUCAUAUCAGACUUUAGACCAUCAAUUGAAAAGUAUAGUAGAAAAAGCUAUAAAGAAAAAUUUCGAGUCUUCCGUGAUAAGAAGUUGUGGUACUGAUCUUAAUUCACAUGCCCAGAACCUUGGAACUGAUUCACCUACUUUUAUACAGGAAGUAACAAAUUCUAAGAAAUACCAACCAAAAGUUGUGUUAAAACGUUUAGACCUGGCAAAAGAAAGUAAACAGAGAAAUAUUAACAACAUACAUGUUGCAAUAAAACGCACGGUUAAAGGUAAACUUGGUGGGCCAUUUAGUAUGGUUUCACAUAAACGACAAAGUGUACCCCCAGUUAGAUACAAUGAUUACAAUACAUCUCCCUUGGACUCGGAAUCAGAUUUAUCAGGAGAGACAGAAAUAUCCGAAACGUCCAGAUCAGAGAAUAGUCAUAAUAUACAAAAAUCACAAGAAGAUGUAAAAAAUGUUACUACAACAAAGCAACUAGAGGAACUUAAAGCUACAGAUUCUGGCGUAAUUUCUGAAUCUGCAAAAACCGAACACAGGACAGAGCAUCAAGAAAAUGUAUUUAAAAUAAAUUCACUUGGUGAAAAGCAUAUAUGUGGUAUAUGUCAGCAAUCCUUUGAUAGCUAUAAUGAUGCCGCAGUCCAUAUACGCGUUCAUAAAACAGAAACUAAUAUUAUACAACGACCUAAUAAACAUAAAAUGAUGCGAUGUAAACGAUGCCAUGAAAUAGUCGAAGCUAGGUUCGUAAAAGCUCAUGUUUGUAAAUCUACGAAACAACAAAUUCAUAAAUGUUAUGUGUGUAAUUCUACAUUCCGAACUGAAAAACUUUUGGUACGACAUUUAGAAAAUCAUGAUCAGUCUGAGUUUAAUAUAGAAAACAUAACGAAAGGAGAAUCUCAGAAGUUGAACCCAUUGCAAAAUUCUAAGUCAAAUAAAAAUCAAGUUUCAAAAACAGAAAAUAAUGUAAUUAUAAAAUCGGAUAAUUCUAGAGUAGAUUCUGACAAAAUAGUAAUAACUAAAACCUUAAAAGGAGAUAUUGGGUCAGAAACAGAAAGAGGGAAGAAAACAUACACUUGUUUUGUAUGCGAUAAGAUAUUUACAGAUGAAGAAAUAUUGAAAGAUCAUUUACAAAAGCAUUGUGAUGAUAUGAGCGAAGAUGAUCGCAGUCCUGGUAAAGAACAGUAUCAAUGUGCUAUCUGCGGUGACUCCCUAGAUUCUGAAGAUGCUUUGGAAGCACACGUUGAAAAGCACUUGUUUGAUGAGGAAGAUGAUAAUCCUAACCUUAUUAACAUUUCUAAUGAGAAUGAUAAAUCUAAGGAUGAAAAUUAUCACUGUUUACAGUGUUCAGAAACAUUUAGUUCAGAAAUGUUAUUAGAAAUGCACAUGCAGGCUCAUGAAGAAGAAGCUGCGAUAGCAGAAUGGGAAAAGCAAGGUAUAAAAGCCUAUGAGUUUCAGUGUGUGAUAUGCGAUGAACUUCUUGAAACAGAAGAAGAUCUAACAGAACAUUUAAAUAUACAUAAUGGUAAUGCCCAUGUUUGUCAAUUAUGUGACAAACCAUUCCCAAGUCUAGAAGAUUUACAGAAACACGUUGCAACUCAUUGAUGUAAUCAUUUUACACGGAUAUUUAAAAUUAUACAGAUCAAGUUAAAUGCUAACUUGUAUUUACUACUCCUUCACUUCAUGUCUUGCAUCUUUUCAGAUUUAAAUAAUAUCUUUAAUGCAGCAAAUGUAAAUACCCAUAAUGUUAUACAUUAGUAUGUAAAAGCAAUCUCUAAGUGUAUAUACGGGCCAUUAUCAUACUUACUUGAUUUGCAAACAUUGUACGGUUUUUUGAUAUCUGCAUAUCUAGAAGUAAUUUGUAAGCAAUAAACAUAAAGAUAUGUAAAAUGAGCAUAGGGAUUUCUGUUAUGAUAAUAAUUAUGUUAUCGUAUAAUUUUUUUAACAAUUUAUAAAGAACUCGUUCUGUGUGUACAUAUACUGAUAAUUUAAUACUUCAUAUGUAUAUAUGAGUAUAUUAAGUUGAUGUAUAUAAUAGUUACUAAAACACUGUUUCUUUGAUGAAUAUGAACUGUUUACGUACGAAAUACAGUUUUGUCUUGAAGAAGUACGAGUUGUGAUAUAAAAUCUACGUAAUAUGUUUAAGAAAACAUACUAGAGAAUAGGACUGAUAAAAUUAAACAUUUGUGUAUAAAUUAAACAUGUUUUGUUUUCUGGAAUUUAACAUGUAUAUUAAUCAAUAUGCAAAUAUAAUAUGUUUUUUAUACGGCACAAUAUUGUAUAUAAAUUGUUCCUUUUAACAACUUCGUUGACAUGAUUAGGUAAUUUAUAUUUAUUUCACAAUUAAACAAAUUGGUUUUUUUUUCUUGUAAAUAUAAUCAGCGUUUCAAAAAAGUCAACACCUGACAUUCAUUAUUUAUAGUCUCUAAUAUUUCGUACAUAUUCUAUUUAUUAAGUUAUACAUAAUAAAUUUUAUACACAAACUAGAAUCUAUUUAACAACAUUAUUGGAAUCGUGAACACUCUUUACAGAAAAUAAUUUGGAGGACUAAUGAUGUAAACAAUUACAAAAAUCAGUCGCUGGCUGAAUUGUAAAUGUUAUUAUAUAUAUAAUCUACUAUAUUUACAUAAAUACUGUGUAUAGUGACACGUGUUUGUUUAUUCGUGAAGAAUAACUAGCAAUUUUAUCACUAUAUAUAUAUAUAUAUAUAUUAUAUAUAUCAUUGAAAAUUUGACUAUGUACGUAUACAAGUCAAGUUUUCUGAGCGCCUCGCGAAAACAAAAUAUAUUUUGUAUAAACAUCUUUGUUAAAGCUGACUCUAACCGUGUUCGAAUUUAUUUCAUUGUAUGUAAAACUAUAUAAAUGCUUCCCUUUCGAACCACUUUUUAAAUCUACACAGUCCGUUUGGUUUCACAAUUAUUUCACAACACUGUUGUCUAUUACUAACUUAAGGAUGUUUCUAUACUAAAGGCAUUUUCAAAGCAUGUAUAAUUUUGUGAAGAUACAUUGGGGUGCAAUGUAGGGAGUGAGAGCCAUCACCACUUUUUUUCUAUCUUGGAAAAUCUCCAAUUUCUAGAUUUCUAAAUUUCCAAACUCGCAGUUGUAUAAAUUUCUAAAUUUCCACAUUCCUAUUCUUUAGAGACAAUCUAACGUGAGCGAGUGGUGAGACAUUCGUCCCCUUACACUUCCCCUUAAUUAAGAAACGCCUAAGUUGCACAAGACUGUACAUCGACUGAUGGUUAACAAAAAGAAAAGAAAAACAUUUUACCAUAUUUCAGUACAUCAUUUUGCACUUUCAUAUCCAUUCCUUAGGUCGUGUUGUCUGUUAGCAAAAGAGUAAUGGUUAUAUGAAAUAUCCUUGACAUUACAUAUCUAAUUUUCAUAUAAAAUUUUGUUUCAUUAACAAAGAUACUAUGAUUUUCCACUCGUAAACUAUAAC